GAGUGGCAUUUUGGGGAAUCGUGUUUCGCCCUCUUACUUCAGGCUCCAAUCAUUUACUCGCCCAGGGGGAGGAGGAUGACGCCUCUGCGGCUGCGGCGGCAUCAGCAACCGAAGUCGGUGAGGCCAUAACGAGCAAAAAGACACCGCAUUUUGUAGGAUUGAUUGCGUCGCCGGUUUCUUCUUCUUCUUCUCCAUCUAUCAUUUUCUUCAUUGUAAUUGGAUGUUUAAGGAGAUUGUCUGUUGGUUCAAAAGCUCAAGUGAUAUUCUAUUAUUUUGUCAGCGAGGGAUUCCAAUAUCUGUUACCCAAAGAUAAUGAGCAGCCGCAGUUUAAUCAUGAUUAAACAAAAUAAUCCUCCCAAAGGAAGAAAACAUGCUUGUCAUGCCUCACCGAUAUCAGUUCAACUUAAUAGCCAACAUGAUUGUGAAGAACGAAUAGGUGGCAAUGUAUCCUCCAUGAGCUCUUGUAUUCAGACAGAACCUCUCAAAUCAUCCAGCUUCCUGAAGGACCUUUCUUUGUCACUCAAAAGAUCAAGUCCAGUACCUGAACCAGAAAGUCCUCUUUCUCAUGUAUCAGUCACUGAAUUCUCUGAACCUAUAUUUUCUCGUUCUUCUACAUUCUGUGCCAGUAUGUACUCUUCAUCUGUGAACAGCUCAGAGCCCUGUUCCAAGCAGAAUAACUUUCCCUUCCUUCCUCAUCAUAUGAAAUGUGAGCAACAGAAUUCAUCUGUUCAAUCCUCAAAUUCUCCUCUUCUGUUCUGUGGAGAUAUUAUUGUGGAAAAUAACGAAGAUGAACACACAGAUGACUUGGUGGAAGAUUUUCUUAAUCUCUCUAGUGAUGCUUCAGAGGGAAUCAUCAGUGGAGAAAACUAUGGGAACAGUGUCUUAGCAGUCAGUGAGCAAAUGGAAUUUCAAAUUUUAUCCGAACAACUUGGUAUAGCUAUCACGGAUAAUGGGGAAAGCCCUGCCUUGGAUGACAUAUACAACAAGCCAGAAAUGCCAUCUCUUCCACUGUGUUCUAACCACAACCAAAGUGUUCAGUCUUCGAAGCCUCCUGAUAAAAUCCAAUUGCAUUCAUCGCCUACUACAGUUGUGACUUCAUCUGCAAACAAACCUAGAUUAAGAUGGAGCGUGGAGCUCCAUGAGCGAUUUGUAGAAGCUGUGGAGAAGCUUGAUGGGGCUGAGAAGGCAACUCCGAAGGGGGUACUAAAGCUUAUGAAUGUUGAAGGCCUAACUAUUUAUCAUGUAAAGAGUCAUUUGCAGAAAUAUCGGUUUGCUAAGUAUCUCCCUGGGACCAAAGAAGACAAAAAGGCUUCCUCCUCCGGAGAUACAAAAGCACCCUCAAUCAGUGAUGAUGGUGACUUGGACAAGAGGAAUAUUCAAGUCACUGAAGCUCUUCGGAUGCAGAUAGAGGUUCAAAAACAGCUCCAUGAACAACUUGAGGUCCAAAGAGCACUUCAGUUAAAAAUAGAGGAGAACGCAAGGUACUUGCAGAAAAUUCUCGAAGAGCAGGCAAAAGCAAACUCUUCCUCCGAGCAAAGGCCAAGCUCAGAUUCACAGUUAGAGACAAUUCAUCUCUCAACAGAGCAACCCAAUGCAAGAACCGACUCCACAUCAUUUAACCCUAUGAAGCAAAAGGCAAACGACUUAAAUGAUGACUCCAAAUCCAUCACUCCACAUCAUUUAACCCUAUGAAGCAAAAGGCAAACGACUUAAAUGAUGACUCCAAAUCCAUCAAGGAAUCUAAAAGGAUCAGACUGGAUUUGUAGCAGGAAAGAAGAAAGUAAAUCUCUGCAGUGAAAGUUCCUUGUUGGGAUAGCUUUGAUGGUCCUCAUUCUCUACUUGUUUAUAAGGAUUUGCCUAUGAUUAAAUUUUAUUUACGUUGACUUCCUAGAAUUAUCUGUGGGAGUGGGGUUUGAAUUGGAUUUCUAAGUGAUUGUAAUUUGUAAAUUCUUGUGGAGAACAGAACAAAAAAUUAGGAUUUGUAUUUGCUAAAACUUGCAAAUGUUAGCAUUCUGGCACUUUUGAAUCA